GCCAAUGUUUAUGUAUACAUGUUAUCUUUGGUAUACAUAGCCGAAAUAGUGAUUUUAAUACUACGCGCUCAAGUAAUAUUAUCAUAUUAUUUUAAUAAUAUUACGAACGUUUAAUAUCUGAGAACUAUGUAUAAUCAACAGGAGUCUGACAUUCAUUAAAAUCACAAGAAGCAAUUUAGUAUGACAGAUUACUUUGUGGAAUCAGUGGGCUCUGUACCGACAUUAUAUGUUUUCAGAAAUAUAUUUGAAGCAAAGGAAAUUUCUGAGCAAAUUCAGCUUUUUGCAGGCAUAUAUGAGGAAGAACUAAAUAAAUCAUUUAUUGAAUUCUGGUCCUUAAACAGUGACAAAAUUUUGGCAGAAAGACUUUGGAUUAAUGAAACUAACAGAGAACCGAUUUGGUUUGCAGAGAGUGAUGUCGAAUCUUAUCAAAACUUUUGUGAACAAAUAUACGUGGAACAGUACCAAAUUUAUAUCAAAAUAUAUUAUGAAUAUUAUAAGCACCUGCAUAAAUCAUUGACCGAAAAAUUUGAUGACCAACCUAUUUCUUGUGAAGAAGAAAUUGAUGCAAGUUUUGUAGACGAUUUCGAAAAACUACAGUUGCUGGGGCUCCCAACUGCAUUUGGUCGUGGAACAGUUGUAAAGCAGACGAAAAGUAAAAGGUCUUAUCCGAAGGUUUAUAGCGGGUAUUUCUCUGAUGAGGACAACGAUUGUGCAACUGUGAUGGAUCCUGUAAAAAUAAAUGAUCUCAAAGAUGACGAUGUGAAAAAUUCAGGAACAUCUUCUGUUCAUGACAUUGAAGUGAAAGUUAUUGGAAAGAAAAAAAAGAAUCGGAAAUUGAAAGGGGUCCCCGAUUUCGUUUUAGAAAAUAAGGAAAUCUUAAAGUAUUGGAGAAAGCGUUUUUCACUCUUUUCGCGAUAUGAUGACGGCAUACGCUUAGACUGCGAAAGCUGGUUUUCAGUAACACCCGAAAAAAUUGCUACACAUUUAGCGGAUCGACUAUCGUGUGAUUUAAUUAUAGAUGCUUUUUGUGGCUGUGGAGGAAAUGCCAUUCAAUUUGCACGCACCUGUAACAGGGUAAUCGCUAUCGACAUUGAUCCUAUUAAAAUAAGUAUGGCAAAACAUAAUGCAAAAAUUUAUGGGGUAGAUCAUAAAAUAGAUUUCAUAAUUGGAGACUUUCUUCAACUGAGUCGUUGCGGGCGUUUUCAUAGCGAUAUUAUAUUUUUAAGUCCUCCCUGGGGAGGGCCAAAGUAUAAACGAAAGGAUCACUAUGACAUUGAGAAUUAUUUACAACCAUGCAAUGCGUCGUCUUUGAUGGAAACCGCUAAGUCUAUAAGUGAAAAUGUGGUAUUUUAUUUGCCCAGAAAUACUACUAUUAGUCAAGUAAUCAAAUUAGCUGAUAAGGGAAACAGAUGUGAAGUAGAGCAUAAUUAUUUAGAUUCAAGGCUUGUUGCUAUUACAGCUUUAUAUGGAGAAAGUAUAUUAAAAGAAAAAGAUAUAUAAAAAAA